AUGGAGACAGAGGAGGAAGCAUCUGGACAGAUGACGGACGAGAUUUACACGAACGACGUUGAUGAUGAGUCGCUGUCGCAGCAGCAACAACGUAGACUGAUUAUCAGUGGCGAGCAACUCGAUAUCGACGCGUACGCCUACACGAACGGCGUUGAUGAUGAGUCGAUUAUCAAUGGCGAGCAACUCGAUAUCGACGCAUACGCCGCCGUAUACAUAGGUCGUACUAAAAUUUCGCGCUUGAUAUUCAUCGCCGACAAAUGUGGCAAUGUUUCGAUGCAGUUAGAGGCGCUUCGAAUGGCUUAUGACGAGAUUGAGAAGGGAGAAAACACACAGUUGUUUAGGGAAGUUGUUCACAAAAUCGAUGGACGAUUGGGUCCGAAUUACAGUUUGGAUUCGGGUUAG